GUGUCUUUUUAGUAAUGAUCUAUUAGUAACAAAAUCAUUUGUAAUAAUAUAAUUAAAAUAGUAUUAAGAUAGUAUUCUAAUGUUUCUUUUAUUUAUUAAACACAAUUGGAAUAUCAGGAAUUUUGUUUUGAGGCAAGUAAUAUAAGAUAUAUUUAGUGUUUUGUGUGAUUUAAAAACUAAAGCAGACCAAAGGAAACAAAGUUAAAUUGGUUAAUCAUUUGAGUAACAAACAAUGUUAGUUAUUAUAUUGCUAUUAUUCAUCUUCAUUAUAUUGGUGUGGAAUUAUUAUGCACAUUAUGGAAGAAACGGGCGACUUAUCAAUCUUAUACCAGGACCAUCAGGUUUUCCAAUUUUUGGAAAUGCAUUGCAAUUUCUUGGUUCACAAGAGGAAAAAUGGAAAAUUCUGACUACUCUUAAUAAACAGUACUACCCAAUUUUUAAAGUUUGGACAUUUUUUCUGCCUGUUAUAAUCAUGCGUCAUCCAAAUGAUCUAGAGCUUCUCACUAGUGGAGGAAGCAAGUGGCAUUCACGGCGAAAGAUAUUAACUCCCACAUUUCAUUUUAAUAUAUUGCAGCAGUUUGUUGAGAUUUUGAUUGAAGAGAGCGAAAGAAUGACAAAGUCCUUAAAGCAUACAGAAGGCACAGUUGUAAAAGAUUUAACAUCGUUUGUUAGUGAACAUACGCUGAAUGCAAUAUGUGAAACUGCAAUGGGCACUUCUUUAAGAAAUCUAAAUGCAUUCCAACAACCUUAUCGAGAUGCGGUUUACCGGGUGGGCGAGCUUUUUUCUUAUAGAGCAAUGAGGCCGUGGCUGUACUUCGAUUGGAUAUUUUCAUUAACGCCAAAAGGUAGAGAGCAAAAAAAGCUUCUAAAGAUAUUACAUGGAUUUACUGAAAAUAUUAUUGCCGAAAGAAAACUUUAUCAUGAACGCACUAAUGGUCAAUACUUGAAAAACUUUGGUAAUGAAGAUUUCGCAGAAGAAAAUGACAUAGAAACGACUAGAACACGGAAAAAGCGACUUGCAAUGUUGGAUCAUUUAAUAGCGGCAUCUCGUGAAGGUUUGAUAACUGAUUCAGAUAUUAGAGAAGAAGUCGACACUUUUAUGUUUGGGGGUCAUGAUACUGUAGCGACAGGUCUAUGUUUCAUUUUGGCAUUAUUAGCUGAGCAUAAGGAUAUUCAGGUAUUUAUGAUCAAAUAUAAAUCGCUAUUUUUAGAAAAAGAAAAGUCAUAUGUAGUACCUGCUGGAACAAUGUUGUAUAUGUUUUUAUACGGAGCCAACAGAGACCCAAAUUUUUGGCCCAAUCCAGAUGUAUUUGAUCCAGACAGAUUUUUGUCCGAGAAGAUCCGAAAUCGUCACCCUUAUUCAUAUUUACCAUUCAGCGCUGGACCACGUAACUGUAUCGGCCAACGAUAUGCAAUGCUGGAAAUGAAG